AUGUCUACUGAACCUUUCAAGAACGUGCGCUUGCUACCACAGACCAACCAAUUGCUAGGUCUUUACACGAUAAUCAGAGAUAAGAAUACCGCUAGGCCAAACUUUGUCUUUUAUGCUGAUAGAAUCAUCAGACUAUUAGUCGAAGAAGGUUUGAACUACUUACCAGUCCAAUCUGCAGAGGUCGAGACUAUUACUGGGGAAAAGUUCGAAGGUUGCGACUUCCUGGGGAAAAUCUGCGGUGUGUCCAUUGUCAGAGCUGGUGAGUCCAUGGAACAAGGACUUAGAGACUGCUGUAGAUCUGUCAGAAUUGGUAAGAUCUUGAUCCAAAGAGACGAAGAAACUGCUCAACCUAAGUUGUUUUUUGAAAAAUUGCCAGCGGACAUCGCUAAUAGAUUUGUGUUCUUAUUGGAUCCUAUGUUGGCCACUGGUGGUAGCGCAAUCAUGGCUACUGAUGUCUUGAUCAAGAGAGGUGUCAAGCCAGAAAGGAUCAUCUUCUUGAACCUGGUCUGUAGCAAGGAUGGUGUCGAUAAGUACCACGCUGCUUUCCCUGACGUCAAAAUCGUCACCGGUGCUAUCGACAAGGGAUUGGACGAUAACAAGUAUCUGAGACCAGGUCUUGGAGAUUUUGGCGACAGAUACUAUUGCAUGUAA